AUUAAGGAUGGGGAGAGCUCCUUGCUGCGACAAAGCCAACGUGAAGAGAGGACCAUGGUCACCUGAAGAAGACACCAAGCUCAAGUCUUAUAUCGAACAGCAUGGCACCGGCGGCAACUGGAUCGCUUUGCCACAGAAGAUCGGGCUUAAGAGAUGUGGGAAGAGCUGCCGGCUUAGAUGGUUGAAUUAUCUCCGCCCAAACAUCAAGCAUGGAGGGUUUUCUGAGGAAGAAGACAACAUCAUUUGCAGCCUCUACAUAAGUAUUGGAAGCAGGUGGUCUAUAAUAGCGGCGCAGCUGCCAGGAAGAACUGACAACGAUAUAAAGAACUACUGGAACACAAGGCUGAAGAAGAAGCUUCUGGGCAAGCAGCGUAAAGAACAACAGCUGGCUCGCAGAUCAUCAUCCGGCCUGAUCAAACAAGACAUCAGAAGAUCAUCAGGGAGUGGCGGUGGAGGGAGUAAUUCUCAUCCCAUGGUUCCGGCAGCAGAUGAUCAAAGCCCUUACUGGCCAGAGCUGCCAGUGCUUGCAGUGCCAACAGUCCUACCUUACUCCCCAUCAAUUCAACAACAUCAACAUCAACAACAGCAACAGCCUUGUUUCAACGACCAUGCAUCCAUCAGAAAACUACUCAUCAAACUUGGAGGAAGGUUUAAUUCAGAUGUUCAUCAUCACGAUGACACAAAUGUUCAACCCAUCCAAGAUGGGCCCACAAUUAAUCUUCAGUUCCCACCAGCUCUUGACUCUGCUCAGCAAGUUUAUGAGCAACAUUCUUCUGCUCCUGUGGCCUUGAUCAGAAACAGCAAUGACAUCAUGGUCAGCUCUCAUCAUCAUCAAUUUGAACAAACCCAGUACAUGGUCAACAACAAUACAGACGACAUAAUUGGAGAUGGUAUGCACAUGUUUCAAGGGCAAAAUGGUAAUUACGUGACUGAUCAGCUUAAGGAAAUGGUGUACAACAACAUGAACCCACAAAGAUUAGAUGCGCUGGAGUUCCUGUAUGGGGAAGACAUGAUGAUGGUUAUGAAUGGUGAAAGUAUUGGGUGGGGUGAGAUGCAGCUGGUUUGUCCUCCUACACAUGUGGCCUCCUCCUCAGUCGACGGCGGCAGCUAUGAGCAGCAGCGAUUGGUGCCUCAAGAAUUAUGUGGUUUCAAUAACGGGUUGAGUAGCUAUCCUGCAGGGGUUCAAUAAAAUUAAAAGUGAUGACCAUCUUGUACAUUUGAUUGUAAUAAUAUAAUCAGAGAUUUGGUAGCAAUAGGGGAGGUGGGAGUUAAUGUUUUGUAGGAAAACCCUAAUAAGAAACCCAUUCAAUGAUAUGUCUGAUU